AUGGGUAGUAUAGAAGAGACAGUCUUCAGACCGAAGAAGUAUAGCACUGAGAUCACCGACUACUCCGUAGUCCAUGCCAGUAAGACUGGGCCAUAUGCUGAAAAUCUCGAGGUCGAUGCUUUGGUUGUCGGUGCUGGUUUUGCUGGUGUCUUUAUGCUCAAGACACUUCGCGAUCGCGGCCUCAAGACAGUGAUUUUCGAGGCUGGUAACGACCUGGGUGGCACCUGGCGAUGGAACUGCUACCCAGGCGCCGGUGUGGAUUCCGAAGUCCCCGAGUAUGCAUUCUCUUGGCCCGAGGUAUACAAUACAUGGAACUGGCCCAACAACUACCCGGACUACAAAGACCUACGUGAUUACUUCGAUCAUGUCGAUAAAGUAGUUGGUAUCAAGAAGGACUGCGCUUUCAACACCGUUGUGGUCGCAGCCCAGUUUGAUACGAACAACGGGAGAUGGAACAUUGAAACUGCAGAUGGUCGCACGACCAAGGCGAAGUACCUUGUCCUCGGAACAGGCUUUUCCGCCAAGCGCUAUAUUCCUUCGUGGCCCGGCUUGGAUAAAUUCAAAGGUGUCGUACACCACUCAUCCUUCUGGCCCGAGGAAGAAAUCGAAGUGAAAGACAAGCGUUGUGCUAUCAUCGGUACCGGUGCUUCGGGUGUGCAAAUCACCCAGGCUUGGGGCCCCGAGGCCGGAGACCUCAAGGUCUUUCAACGAACUCCCAACCUCGCCUUACCCAUGCGCAAGCGAGACCUUACUAUUGAAGAGCAAGAGAAUAUCAAGCCCUACUACCCAGAGCUGUUUCGGUAUCGCGAGACCAGCUUUGCCGGAUUCAUGUAUGACUGGUGCGAGCGGAGCACCUUUGACGAUACACCCGAAGAGCGCGAGGCUUUGUACGAGAGGCUCUGGAAAGAAGGUGGCUUCCGCUACUGGGUUGCUGGGUACAAGGAUAACUUGAUCAAUCCCAAGGCCAACAAGGAGUCAUACGAUUUCUGGGCGAAGAAGACCCGUGCUCGUAUCGGUGACCCUAAAACAAGGGAGUUACUUGCGCCGCGGGAGAUGCCGCAUUUUUUCGGCGUCAAGCGGCCAUGUCUUGAACAUUCCUACUACGAGCAAUUCAAUCGGGAAUCGGUGCACCUGGUUAACAUCAAGAACAACCCGAUUAAGGAAUUUACCGAGACCGGUAUUACUCUUGAAGAUGGAACUCACCACGAACUUGAUGUUGUUGCUGUCGCGACUGGAUUUGAUGUUGUUACCGGUGCCAUGACUCAGCUCGGCCUAAAGAGCAUUGACGGCGCUGAGCUCGAGAAGGAAUGGAUUCCGGGCGCAAAGACCUACCUCGGUACCACCGUCAGCGGCUACCCCAACAUGUUCCACAUCUAUGGUCUACAUGGCCCGACGCUCCUGAGUAAUGGUCCGACGUCAGUCGCGGUGCAGGGUCGGUGGAUUUCCGACGCCAUUGCCAAGAUCGAGGCCAAUAACGUCAAGUACAUCAAUCCUAAGAUUGAGGCUGCUGAUAAGUGGAAAGAUCAUAUUGUUGAGCUCAAUAACCGGACCCUCUUCCCCACGACACAGUCGACGUACAUGGGUGGCAGCAUCCCUGGCAAGGUUCAUGAGCCAGUGAGUUACGCUGGUGGUAUCCCCGCUUAUGCCAGCGAGAUCCGGCAGGCUCUAGAUAAUUGGGAAGCGGGAUUUGACGUUGUUAAGGCUUGA